ACUGCGGUCCUGAAUCUCACGCAUGCGCGUAACGGGCUCUGGGUGGAUCCAUAACAACAGCGUAAACAAACGAGAAUGGUGAAGAGUUGUUGUGCGUAUAUGUGCCACAGUAAGGCAAACGAAGCAGCAAGAAAUGCCGGUAUUAGUUUUUUUAGGUUCCCAAAGGAUAAAAGAAAGCGGUCAUUGUGGACAAAGGUAAUAAAUAGAGCUGAUUGGGAGCCAAAUGACAGCGUCCGCAUCUGCUCACUACAUUUUGUUGACGGGUGGCACAGUGAUGACCCAGAUGAUAUUAAUUAUGUACCAACCAUCUUCCCAUACAAAGAAAAGCCACUCAGCACCAAACAGAAGGCACAGGAAACUAGAACCGUCUCCAGACAAGAAACAAAGGACUUAUUAGCAGAGGAACAACUGCAGAGAUGUAUAGACCAGGGCCCGGUUGUUCAACUUGUCGUUAACUUAACGUAA